UGCCGUUGGCGUAUACACGCUUUUUUCAUGCAAACCUGAGAGCAUUUGUUUACGUUGAGUCGAAGAAAGAGCAGGACGAUCCGAACCCUUUAACCGUGUUUGUGUUUUGACGUUUAUUAUAGCUCUCACCACAUGACCCAGCUAGGAUAAGAGUCUUUUGCGUUAGAGCGAUUUGAGAAAUUAAAUCGCUUUGUUUUUACUUCAUGAAAAUGAUAUAUAAAAGGACAGUCGUCGGUAGCGUAAAGUUUAAUAGGAGAUAAAGAAAAGAAAUAGUCUUGCAUUUCCUGUGGAGAAGUUAGACGACUAACAUGAAGAAAUUUAUCAUCGGAUAUUUAGCUUUUUGUACCAAUCACGGACAAGCAAGAUGUCAGUCUAAGAUGGCUUCUAAAAAUGACAGCUCUCAGGUGAGCAGUUGCCUCAAUCACUCAGACCAAGCCAAGGACAGCAGAGCAGGACUUAGCCAAGAGCCAAUACGCCCCUCGCCCCCAAAUCAAAGGCAUGAUGAGGGCUUCAGAACUGAGGCCACCGACUCGAGGCAAAAACCAGGUGACAAGGCACAGCCAGGAGGUACAUGGGGUGAGGCAAAGCUGAAGAAAGAACCUGAGUGCCACAUGCAGCUGGACAAACUGUGUCCAAACAGGAAUCACACAGUGCUCAUCGAUACAAACAAAUUUUUACAUGACAGAAUAGUUCCAUAUAGGGGACAACACGUUUGGGACAGCAAGCAUGUGAAAUUACCCCCACAUUAUCCAGGGAAUUCCAAGGAGUCUCGCUGGGCAGCCACACAGAGAGCUCUGCAUGGUCUUAUGAGGCAUAGGGGUGUUUCAGUAGGAGAUGUAGAGGGGGCUAUUAAAACUUACAAUCAAGCCCACAAUAAAGACUGGAACUUUGAUGCCCUUCGCAUGUAUGCUCAUGAAUCAAAGCAUGAGACAGAUUUUUCCAAGGUGAUUUUCAAAAUGGCCAACCUGGCACUCAGGCUGCCUGAGCUCAUCCAACAUCCCAUCCCUUUGCUGAGGCAAAACUGCAACCUCGCAAUAACACUGUCCCAGGAGCAGAUCUCCUGCCUGCUGGCCAACGCGUUUUUCUGCACCUUUCCCCAUAGAAAUGCAAGCCAUCACGGCAGUGAAUACAGCAAUUUCCCCACCAUCAACUUCAGCAGGCUGUUUGCUGAAAACUCUCCACGGACGUUUCAGAAGCUGAGAGCCCUUUUUCACUACUUCAACACUGUAACUGAAGACGGCACCAAACCAAAUGGACUGGUCACUUUUGAACGAAUCUGCAUUUCUUCUUCUGAAUACCCUGAAUGGAAUAAGCGGACGGAGAAUUUGACCAACCUCUGCGUGUAUGACAAUGGCUUCAUCGAGAAGGAGGGCAAAGGCAUGCUGCAGGUGGACUUUGCUGCAGAUUUGAUAGGUGGAGGAGUGCUCGGGCGAGGACUGGUACAGGAAGAGAUUCGCUUCCUGCAGUGCCCCGAACUGAUCGUGGCUAGGCUUUUCACUGAAAGGCUUUCCGACAACGAAUGCCUGAAGAUCACAGGUGUUCAGACAUACAGCAAUACCCUCGGCUACAGCGAUAGCUUUGUCUGGCACAGCCCCCAUACAGACAACACAAAAAGGGACGAAUGGAAGCGGCGUUACUGUCAGAUUGUUGCCAUUGAUGCAACCAACUUUAAAGACUCAAAACUGCAGUUCACCGAGACAAGCAUAAAACGAGAACUCCUCAAGGCGUACGUCGGUUUUAGGAACGAUCCAAAUAUUCCUAUCGAGUACACUCCCGCUAUUGCAACUGGCAACUGGGGAUGCGGAGCUUUUAAAGGCGAUCCAAUGCUCAAAGCUCUUAUCCAGAUGAUGGCUGCAGCUGUGGCUCAGAGAGACUUGGCCUACUUCACCUUUAACAAUAAGAAGCAGGCAGAGGAGCUGCAGAGAAUGCACGAGUUACUGAAAAUUCACAAGAUGACCGUGGGCAAGUUAUACAAUCUGCUGCAGGAUUACUGUGAAUUCAGUCAUCAUCACAAAGUGAAGAAUGUGUUCAAGUACAUCAGUGAGAAGAUUAACUCCAGUAACUUGUGAAAACCUGUAGUUUGAUGGGAAGCAAUACAAAAUAUUACUUCAAUACUGUAUUUCUUUUAGUGAAAGAAAACUUUAAAUGGGGUUUGAUUUUGGUUGCAGGGUUUACAUUUAACCACAGCAGAAACACAAAUGAAAAUCAGUUCAAGGCACUUUAUAAAACUGUUUUAAUGUGAUUUUCAUUAGGGGGAAAUAAAUGUAAUGUAGUGUAGAUCAUACUUUUAAUAAGGUAUAUUGUGUCACGAUUUCUUAAAUUUUAAUUCUUUUAAUUGCAACACUGUAUGAUCGGUCUAAGAAAAGAAUGGAAGAAAAUCUCCAUGAAGCCAAGCUGCUUUUAUUGAAUGAGGUAUUUUAAGAGUGCAACAUACAAUAUUAAGAAAAUAAAUUAAAGUCGCUAGUUUUGUAGAGGUUUGUUUGACAUCCUGUUUGACAAUAAAAGGAGAUUUCAUCUUU